AUGAGCGCCGACCAGUCUCAGCAGAACUACCAGCAGCAGUAUGGCGAGGAGGACAUCCUUGUGACGUCACCCACUUCGUAUGCGCUGCGAGAAUCCAUCCGCCGUUCGUCGUCGUCGGCGUCAGCGGAGAUGAACCCUCCUCCGAUGCGUACGACGCAGGGCGACCAGGCGCGGCUUCCUCGCACGUCGUCGCGUGGCAGCAUGCUCAACCGAGCGCCGCCCCCGCCGCCUCCACAGUAUCCACCGCAGAUCCCCGCGGCACCUCAAAGCGGCAACAGCACGUAUGGAAUGCCUCGCCCUUUGUCGAACCCCAAUCUGGACGUGCUACACGAGCAGAAUCUCGAGGGAAGCGGCCACUUGGGCCACUCGCUCGGUCCCAGCGCAGCACCCUACGGUGGCAACCAGCCGUUUGCCAACACGGCGUCGCCCUAUGGUGCUACCAGCGGCACCAGCUUUAAUCCUGCUACCUCGACAGGGUAUGGAGGCUCUGACUUUAGUCAAACGGCGCCAGUAAACAACGCAACUAGCCGUCGCUCCGUCUCACGACGUAGCAUCUUCAGUCGUGAGACGUUCAUGUUGAACCGUGGCGAGAAGGAGUCGCGUAUGACGGUCCCUGAAGGAACCCCCACCGAGAUUAAGUGCGAGGGGUAUCUGACCAAGAGAGGACAUGUGUUUACGAACUGGAAGACUCGCUACUUCACAUUACGUGGCAAUGUUUUGGAAUACUAUUCAAGUGAGGAGAAGAGCAAGAAGUACGGUGCCGUGACAGUCGAGAAGGUCGCCCCAUGGUCGGGUGAAGCGCAUGGAUUCAUGUUCUACACUACAAAGCAAAUCCCGUACUAUGUGUACGCGUCGUCGGAAGCUGAACGUUCGAGGUGGCUGCGAGCGCUGAAGGAUUUCAUGGUCGAGACUGAAGAGGUGAGUUGCGAAGGUUACCUCACGAAGCGCGGCCACCUGGUUCCGAGCCAACGCAUGGCGUACUACGUGCUGAACGGUACGUCGCUACGCCAUUACGCGGAUCAGCAAGCAUAUCGUGACAAUCAAUCGGCGAUGGCAGAAGUGGAGAUACGAUCUGUUGCGCCGUGGGAUGGCGAAGCGAAUGGUCUGAUGUUCAUGACUGUGACGGGAAAUGUGUUUUACGUGAUUGCAGACACGACUGGCGAGCAGCAGAAGUGGUUGGCGACAGUGAAGAAGUCAACAGCCAGCGUCCCGGAACCCGUGUCGUGUGCAGGAUAUCUUACGAAGCAGGGCCAUAAACGCAAGAGCUGGAAGAAGCGCUACUUUAUUCUGCGAGGCAAUACUAUUUCGUAUUACUCGGACUAUGACAUGGCGAACAACGCAAAGGGAAAGCCUCUGGCAGAAGUGCUGGUUGAGGAUGUCCAGAAGUGGGACGGAGAGCCGUUCGGCUUUAUGUUCAUGACCAACGAGCAGGUUCCAUACUAUGUGUAUGCCGAUAACGAUCGGGAGCGCACCAAGUGGAUGAACGCCUUGCACAAACUGAAUGCCGUGGAAGAAGAGCCUGAAGUCGAGAAGAAGCGUUGCCCCAACUGCAAUGCGGUUCUAACGGGCUCUCGCUUCUGUGGAGCGUGUGGCUUUAACUUGCGUGGCACCACCGUUGGAGAGCGUGCUUCCCGUGCACAAACGAUCAACGACGAGACUGAAGAUGAUAUUGACGGACGUGAUGACAUCGACGAUGAAACGACGCCAUUUGAUGAACUUGAAGCGCUAUCUGAGGGUGCUAGAACAUUGUUGUUAGCUGUGAUGCAGACCCCGGACGGCGUUGACGUCGGUGACAAGGAAGGCACAUAUCCGAACCGAAUGACGAGAGGCUCUUCGCAACAGCCACUAGAGCAGCCAGAUAACAACAAUACUUCUGCUAGAUUUGAUCAGGACAUAACUGAUGCCCUCAGUGAAGUGGAAGCCAAUGAGGAACGUACCCCACCAAAGUAUGCGGAGUCAGACGAGGAAGAUGUCAAGGUAGGUAGGCCGACUCCUCGUUCGCCAGCUCGACCUCCAAGCGACGAGUCGAGCAGUGACGCAGAAUCUCCGUCUCCACACACAUCUCGGGAAACUCCAUCGCCAGUGAGGGCUCCUCCGACACCCCCGAAGGCCAAGAAGGAAGCACUCAAGCCAAACUUUGGCAUUGUAGAGCCUGAACCUAAGAGACACAGCUUCACCUCGUUCAGUGACUCUGAAGAGGAGGAGUCGAAGGCGGAACCGAAGCCUGCACCAGUUCCAGUCCGAACUUCUUCUCGGUCGUCGGCUGGUCUCCUCAUGGCUGGUAUGGGACGUCGAAAAACGACGGCAAUGCUAGCUAUGGAGUCAAGUAGCGAUGACGAGAGUGGGGAUGACACCGAACUCCCGACGAAGCCACCUUCCGAUGCGUACAAGAAGGGCGAGGAGAAGCAGAAGAACUCUGAUGACUUGGAUGAGGAAGAAGACAAACCAACUGGAGACGAAACUGAAGAUCGCGAACGAAAGAGCUCUGCAGAUUCGUUAGAGCUGGACACUCGUGGGAUUUCUGCCUUCGACGAGCAGGUUGAGCUGCCAAAGCUGAAGCACAACGUUAAUCCUUCGAUCCGUAUGAGUGAGCGCACGGACAAGAAGGACAUCUACAAUUUUAUGGAGAAAGAGCUGGAUUUCACGCCUCAAUUUGUGCCAUCGGCCGAUUCUCCUGUGCGCUGCCGAUUCUACAGCUCUAUGGCAUACACGACCGCAAAGAAAGUUAUUCUGUUUUUGUCUGAUUCCGGACCUCUCGGUCUCUGGAAGCAGGACCCGGAGAAUGCAAAGCUGACGAUUGACCACAAGUGGUCGAUGACGCCGUAUUUCAGCCGUGCCCAAGAAGAAGGCUAUGGACUUGUGGUAUGCAAUCCUUUCUCCAACAAGGCUGUCGUGUAUGAGGCAGGGGGCUUCGAGCGAGAAGUGCCAGUUCCCAACUCCUCUACACCCAAGGAGCACGUGCUUUUCGUGUGGGAUCAAUUCAUCACGAAGUGCAAGGGCCAAGUGUCCAUCAUCGCUUAUGCGCGCGGUGGUGCGCUUGUGAAGUCCAUUUUGGAAACGUAUGAGGAGAGUGCCCGUGACAAGAUUUACCGUAUUGCGCUGAUUGAGUCCAAACACGAAAUCGAUCACAACGAAUCUCCUGGCAUUUUGGAGCUUCUUGGACGCCGGUCAAUCAACUGGGAAGCGUCAUACGAGCCACUUGGUGCCCAGAUCGUGGACUCACAGGCGCGCGUGAACUGUGUCUGCCUAUCUUUGGGCUUCAUGCCAUCGCAGGAAGCAGACGACACGCCAAAGACACUGGAGAAGGCUGAGGACCCUGCGUUUGCGUUCAUCGGUGCGAACCCGAACCAGCCUGGCAUGACUGCCGUGGUUAAGCAUGUCCGGUCGGAGUUGAGAAGGAGAAAGACCGCUUCCAAGACUAUCGGCCGGCCGCGGCGACAGUCUAACAUAAUUGUUAUCGGUGAGACGGAUGGCGACGAGUCGAGUGAUGUGUCUGGUGGUGCUGACGAAGGUAAGAACGGAAACAAACCCAAUGGCAACGGCAAUGACAAUGAAGAUGAUGGCAAAAUCAAGGCUACGUACUAUCUGCCCAAGCCAGUGCCAAAGCCGAAGCGAAACUCCGGAUCUGGUAGCAGUGGUUCAAGUGACAAGCAGCGGCGCCAAAUCUCGGACAAGGACUUUGAGUUGAUGAAGGUUGUGGGCCAAGGUGGGUUCGGCAAGGUUUUCUUGUGCCGCAAGGUGACACCGCCACGCCAGGGCGAGUGCUAUGCAAUGAAGGUGUUGAAGAAGCAGCAAGUUGUUUCGUCUGGCCUGGUCAACACGACCAUGGCCGAACGUAAAAUCUUGACGGAGAUUUCCCACCCUUUCGUUGUCAAGCUGCACUACGCUUUCCAGAGUGAAUCCAAGCUGUAUCUCGUGAUGGAUUACCUCAGUGGUGGAUCUCUGGCUACGCACCUGCGUCGUCGUCGUAAAUUCCCGGAGGAAUGGGCUCGCUUCUACGCCGCCGAGGUUGCCGCGGCCAUCGCGCAUCUUCACAGCGCCAACAUCAUUUACCGUGACGCUAAGCUUGAGAAUGUGUUGAUGGACCACGACGGCCACGUGAGUAUCACUGACUUUGGCUUGUCAAAGGUUGGCGUCUCGGGCCUCAAGGGUGCCACAACCUUUUGUGGUACAGCUGCAUACAUUGCGCCCGAGCUGCUGAGGGGCAAGGCUUACGGCAAGGCUGCCGACUGGUGGUCUUUCGGCAUCUUGCUAUACGAAAUGAUUGGAGGAAAACCGCCUUACUACCAUCGCAACCGUGACAUUAUGUUCCAGACCAUUUUGAAGCAGGACUGGGUCACUUUCUCGCCCAGCUUCUCGGACGCGGCGAUUUCGCUCAUUAACGGGCUGCUAACACGUGACCCGAUGAUGCGCCUUGGCAGUGGCCCGCGCGGAGCCGACGAGGUGUUGACGCACCCUUUCUUUGAUAGCAUUGACUGGCCAGAGCUGCUGGAGCGCAAGAUGCAGCCACCAUUCAACCCGGGUGUGGGCAAGAUGGACACACACUAUGCACCUCGCAACAUGAACGAAAUUACGGCUCGUGACCGUGAACCGAGUGUGAUGAUGCCGAAGACAGACCGCCCGAACGACUUCGACGGAUUCAGUUUCGUGGGGCGGCCGUCGUCGCUUUCAAAUGUGUGAUACGUCGGACAGAAUAUACCUGCUGGUCUACGAAAGAGGGAGUGCGUGGAUAGCAAGCAGCAAAUAUAAAACAAAAAGAAACGGGGAAAGAAGACGGAAUGGGUCGAGGGAGCUGCGACGGCCUUUUAGAACGCGGGCCGAGCGCAAGCAGUCGGAAGGCGCGAGUAUGUCUUGUGCCUCAUGGCACCAGCGUACCUGGAAACAAGUGAACAUGUUGAAAAAUUGGACUUAGA